AUGGCGACGGCCGUGGAGAGCGCCCUGCGGGAGGCCCUGGCGGGGCCCGCGCCCGGGGCGGCGGCGCUGGGCGCGGUGCGGGACGGGCUGGCGGCGGCGGGGGGCCCGGCCGGCCUCGGGCGGCGGCAGCGGGAGCGCUUCGGGGCCUUGCUGCGGAGCCUGGCGGCGGCGGCGGCGGCGGGGCCCGAGGAGCCGGCCGGGCCCUGGCGGAGCUGCUUCGUGGAGGGGCCGCCCGGCCUCGCGCUCGGCGCCCUGCUCGGCGCCCUCGGGGAGCCCCCGGGGGCGGCCCCGCGUCCCGGCUGUCGGCUGAUCGUGGAGGUGCUGGAGCGGUUCGUGCGGGAGGGCCGCCUCACGGCCCUGCUGUGGGAGGUCUGCCAGCAGCAGGCGCAGGGCGGCCCGGCGGAGCUGCAGGACGCCCUGCUCAGCGGGAUCGUGUCGCUGCCCGACCGCGUGAGCAACGGCCUGCAGGGGAGAAACCCCGCGGUGUUCUUCCCGCAGAACUACUUCCCCCUCCUGGGCGGUGCGAUCGUCGAGGUGCUGCACAAGAUCUCCGCUUCCCUGAGAGGUGGCUCGGAUUGCUCAAUAUCUUUUGUUUCUCAAGUUCUGGGGAAGGUCUGCGUUCACGGGAGACAAAAAGAAAUUCUGAGCGUUUUGGUGCCCCGCCUCGCGGAUCUCACCAAGUCGGACUGCAUCUGGCAAAGGAUUUGCUGGCGACUGGUCGAGUGUGUGCCAGAGCGCUGGAUGGAGGCGGUGGUCCUUGGCUUUGUUCAGAGAGCACCAGGGGCAGAUGUCUUGUCUAGGCUGCUGGGGAACCUGGUUGUGAAAAACAAGCAAGCUCAGUUUGUUGUGACGCAGAAGUUCCUCCUCUUGCAGUAUGGCUACACGACUGCUGUGCUACAGAAUCUCCUCGGCUACCUGUCCCUGGACAGUCUUCGGCGCGCCUUAUUGAUCAAAGUGCUGCAAGAACUCUUGGAGACCUGGAGCAGUAGCAGUGCUGUGAAACACUCCCCGGCUGAGCAGCAGGAAUACAUUAGCAAGGCCAUCCUUAUCUGCCUUUCGCACCUGACGGAGCCUGAAAUAGAGAGCUGCAGACAAGAACUUCUUACAAGCAUGAUGGAAGGCGUGAAAUGUCACUUGGAUAGCAGCCUGCCACAGAUCCGGCGUCUGGGAAUGAUUGUGGCAGAGAGCAUUAGUUCAAAAAUAAACACCGAUGGGCCUGUCCUGAAGUUUCAGUACGAAGAAGAUGAUGAAGCAAGAGAACUGAAGUCCCUUCUGGUGCAGGCUCCAUCGAUCUGUGUUGUCCCAAGCCUCCCAGACGACAACAGGAAUGAGAAAGCAGAUGCUGCGCUGCCACUGGCAUCGGAAAGUAAUGGAAAAUCCCAUACAGCAGCGACCCACGUGGUGUCAGAUGAGGAGUCAGAUGCUGAGCUUGACAGUGAUGAUGAUCUUACUCCUUAUGAUAUGUCAGAGGACAAAGAGCUAAAGAAGACUAAGGCUCCAGUGUAUAUUCGAGACUGUAUUGAAGUCCUGACAGGAUCUGAAGAUACAGACAAAUGGGAAGCUACAGUCAAGGCUCUUGAGAGCUUGGUUCGAAAGAAUCCGGCAGCAACAAGAGAGGUUAGUGUCGAGUUGGCAAAAAUACUAUUGCAUCUGGAGGAGAAGACCUGCAUUGAAGGCUUUGCAGAGCUCCGUCAGAGGGCCCAAGUAGCUGUUUUAACCGUGGAUCCAAUACCUGUAGCACAGUACUUGACCUCCCAGUUCUAUUCCCUGAACUACAGUCUGCGUCAGCGCAUGGAUAUUCUUGAUGUAUUGGUUUUGGCAGCUCGGGAACUGUCCUUUCCCAAAGUCCAUGGGAAGAUCAAGCAUGUCGAAAAGCCUCGUGUCCAGCUCCUUCCUGGAAGUGACAGCUCUAACGACUGGAGAAAAAUUGUUGAUGAGAGGAUCAAAAGCAAGACUAGGAGGUUUGCGAAGGGUCCAUCUCAAGCACAAGUGGCUUCUGGCCCAAAUGAAUUCAAUUCUGUUGCUGGACACUUCUUUUUUCCAUUGCUCCAGAACUUUGACAGGCCUUUAUCAACUUUUGAUCUCCUGGGGGAAGAUCACUUUGUCCUAGGAAGACUGGUCCACACAUUAGCAGUCCUGAUGUACCUGGCUGUCAACACUGUGGCAGUUACUGCAAUGGGAAAGGCACUGAUGGAGUUUGUUUGGGCUCUGCGUUUCCACACCGACUCGUAUGUGCGUCAGGGUCUUUUAUCCUGUAUCUCCUCUGUGCUGCUCAGUGUCCCUGCGGAGCAUCUUCUAAACAACAUGACAGAAGAGCUUUUGGAGACUCAGUCCUGGCUGGGAGAUGUGGUGGAGAAAGAUCCAGAUGGGGACUGCAGGAGGCUGGCCUUGCAGAACUUGCUACUAAUGGAGAACCUGAAAAAGAAACUCAACAAAACUGUCCCUUCCUAGCUGAAGGGUAACAGAAAUGACUUUACCUCGUACUCUUGCCAGCUGGAUGUAUGUAGGCACUACUGGGGCCUCUUCGAUGGUCACCUGGCUGGAGAAGAGGAAGAAGGGGGAAGGGUGCAGAGCUGUACGCCAGCGAACCUGACUUGACAUCUGGACUUUGUAGUGGAGGCCAAUUUAGUGAGCUACUGCUAUCCGGUACGGCGUGUACAGAUGCAGGAAGGUAGGCUAGCACUGCCAUCCUCUCCACACCUCCCCCAGCCCCCACCCCCAGCUAUUUAUAACCUUGGCAGGUUUGAGUCCUCUGCUAAAAAUACAGGGAAGAUCUCAUAGCUGACUUCUUGUCAGAAAAACAGGAGGGCUGGAAACAGCCACUUACCUCCCAGGGCUGUGACAUACCUAUAAAAAAAGCUCCCAUGUCUUCUGGCAGCGUUUGGUGGAAUAGUUAGAGGUCUGCUGUUUGAAGCACAGGGUAGGAUGGUGUCAGCAAUGACACUGCAGCAGCUGAGAUAUAAGCAUGGAAUAGCUGCAGUGAAGUUUGAAAAAAUGUGCCAAACAUUAAAGGUUUGAGUUAGAGCUGCACUAGAGUUACAAAGCGAGAAUUCUUUUGAUAUUAGUACAGAAAGAAGGUUGUAUUAAAGUGUAACUAAGGUCCAGAUUUUGAUCUCAAAAGCCCUAGUCUGCAUGGCCCUGUAUUUUAAAUAAAGCUUUGAGGUGGGGAAGUCUCCCUCCCUUCUGCAGUAUGGGAGUAGUUUGACUUUUGACCAAGCUCCUAGCCAA